GGAGUUCAGUCGCGCCACUCGGCCGUGGUGUUCACGUGCCGCUACAAGCUCCGACGAUCUAUGUCACUUGAAGAUCUAACGAUUAUCUAUCUCUGUAUUAAAUAAUUCCAUUAAGUAGAGAAUACGAUCGUAAGCGGGCUGUGUCAUCGUCCAGGUGUGCCUAUCCGGUAAAGUUUCGAGAGACGAAGAGGGAGAACGGAGGGUGUUGGUACGCGCUCGAUGUCCUCUUUCGCGGACAUUCGCCUCAAGGAUGUCUAAUGAAAACGCAGCAGUGUGCGGUUGCGGUAUAACCGUAGAUGUGUCCAGAAGGAAAGUACCAGUCCCGUUACCAAUAUGGAGACACGGCAAGUCCGAGGGGCGAAGCUCGAAAAAACAGCAAAACGAUGGCCGUGGAUCGAAAAAUAGAAAUUCUGAAACUGGAAGUAGUAGUUCUGUGAGCGAUCAUGCGAAGCCAAUGACGAAGAGCAGUAAACAGGAAAAACGUUUAAAUCACCAGAUGAGAAGUCGUAGCGUCGAACGCGGAAAGACUUAUUACACUUAUAUCGAUUCGAAUUCAAGCAUACUUAGCGGAGGGAAUCGUGAAACCAUACCAGAGGCUCUCUAUGUGACUAUACCGGAUACGCCGAAUGCGACAGCCAACGAUACCGGAAAUAGCCUAACGAAUUCGCAAAACCGAUCGCCACUUGUCUACACCAUCCCUUCAAUGACUUCACCUCCGCCUACGUAUGACGCUUCCGUCGCAAAAUCAUGGCAGUCCGGUUUGCCACCUACGUACGAAGAAUACUUAUAUCACAAAUACGAGAUGAUAUCGCGCUCGCACACACCUCCACCGCCUUGGUCAGAUUCAACGACGAAUUCGUCAUCGACAACUCCAUCCUCUUCGGUUAUCCGAACACGUCGCGAGCUUGAAGAGUAUCUCGCACAGCUGACGAUCUCCCAGAACAACGAGCAUCUUUAUCAAGCUCAGCAACAUCAACAACAGCAGCAACACUCUGGUACUGUCCAUCGGGACGUUGGUGGUUGCCUCACGAAUCAGCAAGUCUGCAGGGAACAGCAGAUCAGAGCUCAACAACGAACACGACCGAUGCCUCCCAGGUCGCAGAGCGAGAGUCGAGCGCAACAGCAAAGACUCGCAAAGCCGUACGAUGAUGGUGCUUUUUGCAUGGAAACAACGGCACUAACAUCGAUGUUCGAGCAUGGCGUAGCUUUUUGUAGCUUGAUGUAAGAGAAGACUUUCAAAAAGGGACGCUGUUACAAGACCAAAAGUCUCGAUCAUAACUUCUAUUAUCUGAGAUAAGGAAGAUUCAAAAGCAUAAGUAAAAAGAAAAUUCGUAAUUGUUCUUAUCGCAUAUAUCAUUGAGUUAUACUAAUCAAUGUCUACCGUUGAUCUAUCGAUCGAUCAAUUACUUUCUAAAAUAUAAUGGAGAAAGGAAAAGCAAGAAAAAACGGCUGAAUGGCAUUAAACGGAAAGUCGCUUAUUUUCUGGAUUAUUGCUGGACAUAACGUAUUUGAUUUUUCGAUUUUCUAACUAGGUAACAAUAACACAUAGAUGAUCCUAUAUAAAAAUGUCUAUACAUACUAUAUAUUAUUAAGUAUUUGAAUACGAGUUAUAAAGAAGUAUUUAUUGUGUAUGUGCAUGCUCAUAUGUAUAUGUGUAGAUUAAUUUUUAAAUAAGUGUACGUUAUUUUUUAUUAGCUUCAUCUAUUACAUUCGUAACAUCAGGUUUAAAUUCUGAUGUAAAUCGCCAACAAAAACGAACGGUUUUAUAAACGCGAUGCAAUAGAUAAUCAUAAAAUAUGGAAAAUCGUAAAACACAGAAAACGAUCUAGGAAGCUCUCAGUAUUCGCUCUAUGCCACAUCUUUUUUUGUUGUACGUAUGUAAGAACGUGGCCUAAUUUGUUUAAAUCGAUAAAUGUUAUAUUUUAUGUACUCUAAACUUCUGUGACGAGUGUACUCUAAAUAAUAGGAAUGAUAAAAGUAAUAACUUGAAAAAUCAAUGUUGUUACCUGGUUACGUGCGAACGUUUUAUCGUAAAAAUUUUUUAUCGUACAUUUUUUAUCGUAUACUGGAGGAUUUUUAUCGCGUAACGCUAUUUCUUUUCUUUACUGAACUUAUUCGUUUACGUUGCUUCCCUCUGACGUGUUUUUUUUUUUCUUUUUUAUUUGUAUAAAAAUCCCACUCGUAGAAAACAAAAUGUCGCAACAACAACUGUCAAUAUUUGUCUUAUUUUGGUCAAUUCUCAAAAAAAAUAUUCGUUCGUGUUUAUUUUCAAUACUUCAAAUUAAAAAAAGAAGAAAAUGAAAAUUAAUACUUAUCUCUGAGAUGGCAAUAUUCUGUAUUCACUAUAAAAUAGGAACUUUAAGAUUAAAGAUGAUAGGCGACGGUGUUUCACUGGCGUUUUAACAAGCUUCUCGCUUUUUUAUUUUUCCGCAUAAUUCGUUUAUUCGUGACAGUGAAAAGUCAGUGACAACUAAUAUUUACGGAAAAGAAAGAAGAGAUACUUGAGUUUUUGCUAAUAUUGAUUUAAUAGACCGGAAAAGCUUUCGAAUCGAUUCCGGAACAAAAAUCUGUAAUCUUUUCAUCACUGAUGAGAAUAAUCUCUAAUCGAUUCAUAAAAAAAAAAUUACAAAAAAAAGAUUCAGUAAGAACAUGUAUAUGUAUGUGCAAUGUAUAUCACCUAGACGUAAGAGCAUAAGAAAUAAUAAACGUUCUAUGAAGUUAAACUAUCAUGAAUGUGUAGCUUUAUCGAAUUGGCAUAUAAAAAACAAAAAGUAGCGAUAUAAAAAUCGAUGUUGACGUUGUGUUAUACGUAGAAAUAGUGCGUUUCACCCAUAGGAUUCGUGAAAACAAUUCGAGGAAAGAAGUAUGGAAGAUAAAAGAUUGUUGCUAUGUAUCUUGAAUUAAUUAAUCGAUUAGAUACCAUUAAAGGUAUAAAAAAAAGGAAUGUUGACGUCUUGGAAGUUUAAAAAUUAUUAAAGAAAUGUAAAUUAUUAUAAUGAUCACGUACUACAUAUUCCUACGGUCGAUCAUUUCUCAAAGAACGAUGGUGAAAAAAAAAUAGUAAAAAUAAUGAUCUUACUUUCGUAGAAUCUGGUAUUUAGAUGACGAAUCAAUUAAAACAUAAUUGGUAAGAAUUAAAAUUAAAAAUCUAAUCUAAUCUCACCCUGCGAUUUCACGAUCGAUAUCAAAUUUUUGUUAUUCUUCGAUAUAUUUAGAGCCUACCUAAUUUAAUCUAAUACAUGUGUAAAUAUUUAUAAAUUUUACGUUUUAAUUGGUUAAUAAUGAAAAAUUGUAAAAUAUUAUAGAUUCGUACAAUGCUCAUAAUUCUUUAACGUUUUUAAAUACCAUUAAUUUUAAUAAGUAUAAUAAUUAGAUAUUACUUUUUUAUCAUAUCGUAUAUAAGAAAAACUAACUUAAAUUAAUUACUUUUCUAAUCUGAUUUUUCGAUUCGUCACACGCAUGACGUUUAUUAAAUUUGACUUUCUUCCUUUUGCUUCUACGAUAUUGAUGACACCUUCGAAUACAUUCACGAAAAUUAAUAAAUAUGUAUAAAUCAUUAAAAGUAUAUACAAUGCUUCAAGUAUAUUAUCGAAAAGUAUAUCUAUAGAUAAUACCGUUUCGAGAUUCGAUUAUUACGAUUAGUCAUGUCAUGUCUAAACGCACACUAAGUAAAACAGCUCUAUUUCAUGAGACGAUGUGCGUGAAUUAUUUUUAAAAGAGCCAAACUUAUUACCGGAUAAAUACAAAUACACGAAUAUUAUAAUUUUAAUUACAAUGAUAAUAAGAAUAAGAAUAAGAAAAAGAAUUAUAGCAGCAGCAGUAAUAAUAAUAAUAAUAAUAAUAAUAAUAAUAAUAAUAAUAAUAAUAAUAAUAAUAAUAAUAAUAAUAGUAAUAAUAAUAUUAACAAUAAUAAUAUUAAAAUAAUAAUAAUAAUAAUAAUAAUAAUAAUAAUCAAGAACUAGCUCUAAAAUAUCAAUUUAUAAAAACGUACACAAACUAUCAUAUUAUAAAUGCAAACUUGAACAUAUACUUGAAAACGAAAAAUACAAACUAUACCGAAACAGGACAAUUCAUAAAGCUACAACAGUAUAAUAAUAAAUAAUAGGCCGGACAUCACAUUAAUUAAUAAUAAAAAAAAAAAAGAGAGAGAACCUAUUUGAUAGACUUUGCAAACGACAUAAAUGCCACACAAGAACAACAUCUAAGAAAUAGAUCAUUAAAUACACACAAACGAUCUUAAAACAUUAGAGUCGCAGAGAAACAUUCAACUAACAUCCAAAAAGUCAUUAUACUGAAGAGAACAGCAAUAAUACGAGAUUAUAGUAAAGCGAUGAAGAGAAUGGAGAGUAGAUAGGAAAAUUAUAAAGUUAGCAGUGCAAUACGAUGAAUGUUUAUAGUCGAGAGAAGAGCAACGAGAAACGAGAUAUUAUAGCGCAUUAUUCUUCUUUAAUAUGACUCAAAGUAUCUUUCUUAAAGCUCGCAAAAAAUAUUACAAUUAUAUUAAAUAUUAAAAAUAAUAUGAAAAAUUGUUUGGAAAAUUUAUUAAUUUAUUUUAAGUUUAUAUUAAAUUUUGGAGUUGAUGCAUGGAAAAAUUAUAUUUAAACGGAGCAAUUUUAUUGAAAACUGUGUCAGUGUUGAAAAAUGCUUAUUAACGAAAAUUCUCGUGGCUAGCUGAAUGCCCUCGAGCGCGUUUGUCCCCGCUAACAGAAACAAGCAUUUUUGUUUUUACUUGCAUCGCUACUGAACAUUGCCCUCCUCGCGAUUCUCCUCAAUACUUUACUAUGAAUACUCGUAUCAAAAUACAUUGGUUUGAUUUUACCGUUUUGCUCAUUUCCAUAGUUAGAGGAACUAUAGCAAUUAUAAAAUAAUAUCUGAGUUGGUCGCAACCCGUAACAUCAUAAAAAGCGUGAGACGAUGUUUGUAAUGACGAUGAUAAUAAUAAUACAGAAUAAUAAUAAUAAUAAUAACAAUAAUAAUAAAUCCAAGAGAAUUUCAAUAUUCAGUACAUGAGUAUACAUAUACAUACAUAGAUACAUAUAUAUAUUUAUUUAUUUAUUUAUUUAUUUAUGCAGGAUCAAAUACAGUUUCGUUUUAAACGAAAUGUGCAAAUAUUUAAUAAUGUUUUAAAUAUAAAUUGCUAAAUGGUAUUAUAUGUCACAGAGGGUUGCUAUUAUCAAAAUACGAAAGACAUGAUAAUUUGUUUUAAAUAGAAAUCGAUAAAACAAAAGUUAUAAAGAAUAUUGAUAAGAAUCGAACGAGUAUCUUCAGUGUAACCUUUCAUCGAUAUUUCAUUGAAUUACGGUGCCUUGAAAAGGUGCUUUAACAAACUGUGUAAUCGCGAUAUAAUGCUCUUUAUGACGUUCCAAUUCUUAAAAUACACCUGAGAAAAUGUAUGAACAUAAAUGAAUAAAUGAAUGCAUAUAUAAAUUAAUUGAUGAAUUCAUCGGAUAUCAGAUGUUUACAUUAUCGCGAUUGCAUUGUUUGCUAAACUUCAAUGCACCAUAACUCGUUGAAAUGUCGAUAUUCUAUACAACUUUCGUUAAGCUUAAAACGUUGAUUUUUAUUAAAAAAAAUUAUUAUGAUUUCCCUAUCUUAAUAACAGUAUUUUCUAUGAAAUAACUGCAACACGUAUUACGUUUAUCUUUAGCAACUUUUAUUUAAAACAUUUAUUUAUUAUUAUUUUCAUUUAUUUUAGGAAAACAUUAAGAUCGGAGAUAUUUGCUCGUGUUGAGACUUUCUUUUUAUUUAUUUAUGAAAAAAAAAAAAACCAGAACUGCCAAGAGCGCAAAAGUUCUAAAAGUUUUUAAGUCUCCUCUUUAAGUUUUAGAAGCUUUGACUUUUAACUAUGAAAGUUGAUGUUUCGGUUACCGAAAAAAAAAAUUACUGUAUAUCGACGUAUAGCCGUAUUAUUCGAGUAAUACUUAUUCAAAAAUAUAUUACAUUGAAAGAAACAAUUAUAAUAAAUAUAAUAGAAAAAAUGCAUGCUUUACGAUCAAAAACAAAAAAGAAAAUAACAAAUCAUUAAUCAAUAAAUAAUAAUUAACAAUAAUCGCUAAUGUUGGAUGAUGAACAUCGUGUAAAUGAAUCAUUCUCUCGAUUACUGUGAAUAUAAUUAUUAUAAUCGCAUUAUUCACGACGUCCACAUCUAUUGGAAAAUAAAACGUAUAAAUAUAGUAAUAUAGGUAUACGUGUAUAUACGUUUUAUGCGUCAAUUUUACGACAAAUAAAUUAAUUUCUCGCAAAAUACUUCAAGGUAAAAUCAUCACGAAUGAUGUAUUUUGUAUAUAUUAAGUAGAUAAACGCGUGAAAUAUUUUUAAUUAAUUUUACUGACGUUUGUGAUUAUUCGGAAAGCUUUUCUUUCAUUGAUUUACGAUUACUUCCUAAUACAGCUUUCUUAUAUCCUUUAUAAACAUAACUUCACAUUAAAAUACGAACUAAUAACAUCAAUAGCAAGUUACCAUUCAAAGAAUGUUACAUAAAGAAAAGUGAGCUAUUUCCUUUGAGCGUUCUUUCCCCUAUCUUGAUUUACUCAAAAAGGUAAUCUGUUUCAUAUUCAACUUUAAUUGCGUAUAUUUAUCAAAUUUACGACAACGACUGAUCGUUAAUUUGUGUGAUUACUAAGCGAUUAUUAUAUUUGUAUUUUACAUUUUAUUUAUUUUUUAAUGAAGAUGUACUUAACGUUUAUAAAAUCGCCGGCAAUAAUACGUUCGUAAAAAUAACAAUUUCAAUUAUCUCUGAGUUUCGAUGUCGGAGGAAAAUAUCCAUGCUAAACGACUGGAAUUUAAUAACUUUCGAUAUAAUAGCAUUAAUGAGCAUCAAAAUCGCGUUCUCUGUAGAUCAUUCCAAUAUUUAUAUACAACUUAUUAAGCAAUUUGCAGUAGUUAAAUGAGUCAAUAAGAAAAAUUACUAUCUCUGAGCUAAGAUCAUCAUGUGUACACAUUUAAACAUUGAAAAAGGAGAAAGGGAGAAAGAGAAAAGAAUGACGUUUGAAAUGAAAGUAUUUGUUUGAAGCUUCACAAUUGUCAAUUUAUUAUAAAUGUUCUCAACGAUAAACGCAUAUCGUCUCUCGAUCGAGCUAUAACAAAGUAAAGAAAAAAUUAAUUUGAUAGAAAAAUAGAGACGAAAGUAUUUACAUAGAUCUUCUUUUUCUUCGUAACAAUUUCUCUUCGUACAAAUUAUAUAUUUUGAAAAAGCAUGAAAAACGAAAGAUUUUAAUUGCGUUUGAAUUAAUUUAAAAUAAUACGACACGUUCGAACGAAAAUGAAGUAUUUACGAAACAAUUAUCACUAGUAGAUUAACGAUAUCGAUAAAAGUAGAAACAUAGUGUAAAAUAUUUUCGGAGAAAGCGAAAAACGGAUAGAGAUAUGGACUUUAGAUAUUCUUGUAUGUAUAACGAUAAAUUAAGCGUCAAAAUAAUCCGAUUUUUAUUUAAGUUAUCUCAUUAUCUCUAUUAAGUCUAUAAUUCGCAUUUCGAAACUUUAAAUAAAAUCAUUUUUCGUCGAUUGUACAUUAAAUAUCAGUGAGACUUAACUUUAUUACAAAAAAGAAAAAAUUGAAACGAUUGAACAAAAAAAAAGAAAGAAAGUUUGAUAAAACUUGUUUCAAUUUCUAUCAGUGCACGAGGAGAGAAAUCUACACAAAAAACUUAUAUUUUUGUAUGAUAAAUAAUAUCUUUCGUUUCUUAUAGGAUUUUUCGAAUGGACAAGGAAACCAUAUAUUUAGAAUCAGUUAUCGUGCGUUAAUAGAAAAUUUAAUGUCUGCGAUUUCACAUUUAAAUGUUAAAGUAAAAAAAAAACCCACUCCACUUAUAAGAGAAAAACAAUAAAAAAUAAACAAAACGAACUAAACGUCGUAAGUAAACGAAAGCUAAAUUAAAAAUAGUUAUCUGCCGAGUUAAAGAAAAAAAAAAAAAAGAACAAAACAUAAUGUGCUAACAAGAAAUCGAACUAUAUUGCUAUUACGAUCCAUACUGUAUGUUCUGUAUAUUAUGAAUGUUUAGAGGACCAAGAAAUAUAAUAUACCGAUGUGAAGAUCGA